AUGGAUUCGUCAAAGCAGCCUUCUUUGUCUCCUUCCUCUUCUUCAUCAUCGGGUGGUGAGAUCCGCUCGAUUCACCACGAGGGGAGCCCGCGCCCGCGCCCCUCGCAGCCGGUGCAGCCGGCUGCCCAGGGAGAAAAGGUGAUGCUGCGGUUCCCUGCUGGUGUCCUGUCGGCCUCCCGGGCUACCGGAGCAGCCACAGCGGGCACGUCGGACUGGUUGAACAGCAGCAACGAUGACGAUGAAGACGCCACCAGUGCCGCCGAUGUCGGGAGUGAUGCUGGGAGCAGUGGGCGACAGGACGCCAUGUCAGGCAGGCCGACAAAGAAGGCCAAGCGGACGUACUCAACCACCAGUAAGUGA